GGAUACCCUUAUCCCGUUCCUCUCUCUCUGCGCGCGCGCGUUCUCGACAUUGUUGGGUUGGGUUGGGUUGGGUUCGGCUCGGGUGGGAUCGAGAUCUCGAGCCGAUGGCUGCUUCCGCGAAGGCGGGCGCGGGGAAGAAGAAGGUGAUCAUCGACACCGACCCGGGAAUCGAUGACGCGAUGGCCAUCUUCGUGGCGCUGAGAUCGCCGGAGCUGGAGGUGCUGGGCCUCACCACCACCUUCGGCAACGUACACACCGCCCUCGCCACGCGCAACGCGCUCCACCUGUUGGAGGCUGUUGGAAGGACCGACAUCCCCGUGGCAGAGGGAUCCCAUGUAACAAUCAAGAAAGCCACCAAGCUAAGGAUUGCAAGCUUCGUUCACGGUUCAGACGGUCUGGGAAACCAGAACUUCCCUCCACCAGCUACAAAACCAAUAGAUCAAUCGGCCGCUGCCUUCCUGGUUGAGCAGGCAAAUCUGUACCCUGGACAAGUUACAGUUGUCGCACUUGGUCCGCUUACCAACCUUGCUCUGGCCGUCGAGCUUGACCCUUCAUUCCCAAGCAAGAUUGGGCAGAUUAUUAUUCUUGGUGGUGCAUAUUCAGUUAACGGAAAUGUCAACCCUGCAGCUGAGGCAAAUAUAUUUGGGGAUCCUGACGCAGCAGAUAUUGUUUUCACCUGUGGUGCUGAUAUUUUGGCUGUGGGACUAAAUGUAACACACCAAGUAGUUCUUACCGACGCUGACCGGGAGAAGAUUGAACAGUCUGAUAGCAAAUAUGCUCGCUACUUAUCCAAGAUAAUGAGCAUUUAUUUUGAUUAUCACAUGGAUGCUUACUUCAUAAAAGGAGUGUAUCUUCAUGAUCCAACAACACUUCUUGCUGCAGUAAAUCCAUCGCUGAUGACUUACACAGAAGGCGUUGUGAGGGUGCAGACGGUUGGAAUCACAAAGGGCCUUACAGUUUUCGAUAACACCAAGAAAAGGUAUGCGGAGAUAACUGCCUGGAGUGGCAUGCCUACGGUGAAGGUUGCUGUCACCGUUGAUGCCGCCGCCGUGGUAGAGCUGAUAAUGCAGAGGCUGAUGACGGACGAUUAGCGGUAGCGGCAGCAGACAAGCACCUCCGAUCACUGGACAAUCAUUCUGUUUGCAAUGCAUCAGAGGGCGACCCAAGAACAGUCCUGAAUGAAGUUGAUGUCGCGUCUUGCAGUGCUAAAAAACAAAGCACUUCGCACUUGCUACGGUUUGGGGUGAUACACGUUUUGUUUUGUUGAAAGUUUACAGUGUAAGAAAGAAAGACCCAAGAACAGUCCUGAAUGAAAUUGAUGUGGCAUUGCGCAAUGCUAAAGAAAGCAUUCGCACUUGCUACCUUUAGGGACGACGCGUGUAAUACUCGUUCCAUUAAUGCUUUUGUUUUCAGCU